CACUCCUUUAUUCAACACCAAUACCAACUCCAAGACCAUUCUUUCUCUUCGUUGGCGCCUCCGUUGGAAUGUAUUCCUUCGGUCUCGCCGUACAUCCAAUCCUUUGAUACCUUUGCCACGCCAGAGUCGGAUCUUUGGGCAGAGCCGCCUCUGUCCUUGACCAAUUCUGACUGGAACUUCUUACCUAUCGACCCUCCUACGCUGUAUCCGUCCGGCUUUGACGGUGUUCAUGUCACCGUCAAUGACUUGGCUUAUGGUGUACCCUCCACCUUCGGCUCGCUUUCGGAUUCGGGAUCCAACGAGCCUCAGCCUCUUCCUUCCUCUCUCGUUCCUAGCCCGUCUAAUUCACAAGAUGUGCCAUCGCAUGCUUCCCCCAUCUCCCAGAUUCCCGGCUCCGUCUCAACAUCUCUAUCUAGCCCUGCCACUUCACAGGGUGACGACGUGCUGACCCGUGUGGACUCAUCUCGCGUUGAAAAACGCAAAUUAAACACACUCGCGGCACGAAGGUGUCGCCAGAGACGAGUUGACCGGAUGAAGAGUCUGGAAGAUGAAUUGGAAAGUGUGCGGAGGGAGAGGGAUGAGCUGAGACUCAAGGUCUCGAAGUUGGAAGGCGAAACGGAGGCUCUCAAGGGGCUUCUGACUCGAAAGAGCAGGUGA